AUGAACGCCACGGAUCCGCCGUCCAAGCGAAGCUUCGUGGAAAGGCGACUAGAUUACGUCAUCCUUUUCGAGCUCGUUCUCAUGCUGUCUCUCGCGAUCUUCCCCGCAGCGGUCUUCGCGGCGCGGCUGCCGUACCAGGAGCAGUACAUGUGGUACCUGGAGCUGGAUCAGAACGCGCAGCUCACGGGGCUUAACAAGGCGCAGUAUAACGCGGACAACCCCGCCCUGGCGGGCGUGUUGCAGUUCUUCACGUGCCUCGUGCUCUAUGGUAUGGCCAUUGCCGCUCCCUGUUGUCCCCCCUCCAGCUCAUUCCCUCCAUCUCCUUCCUUCCACUUAUCCCCUCCCUUCUCAUUCAUCCCACUCUCCCCCCCCCUUUCAUCCCCUCUCCUCUCAUCCCCUCCCUUCUCAUCCCCUCCCAUCUCAUCCCCCCCCACUCAUCCCCUCCCCCCACCCCUCUCAUCCCCCCGUCUCAUCCCCACCCCUCUCAUCCCCACCCCUCUCAUCCCCACGCCUCUCAUCCCCACCCCUCUCAUCCCCACGCCUCUCAUCCCCACCCCUCUCAUCCCCACGCCUCUCAUCCCCACCCCUCUCAUCCCCACGCCUCUCAUCCCCACCCCUCUCAUCCCCACCCCUCUCAUCCCCACGCCUGUCAUUCCCUCUCCUGCAGGCUACGUCAUGCCAUUCGCUCAGCACAUGAUGCUGGACAUGGUGAAGUGGCCGCAGCCUACCACUACCACCCUAUGCAUGUGCAUGCGUUCCGCUCAUCCCUGCUACUUUGUGCCCAUAUCGCUGUACGUGACAAUGGAGAUAGUGAAGCUGCUGCAGGCGGUGACCAUCUCGUUGGACCUGCACAUGUACUACGAGGACAAGGACAUCCCCGCCAUUGCUCGCACCUCCAACAUCAACGAGGAGCUCGGCAUGGUGCGCACGGUGCUGUCAGACAAAACAGGCACGCUGACGCGCAACCAGAUGGAGUUCUUCAAGUGCUCCAUCGCCGGCACGCCCUACGGCAUGGGCGUCACCGAGGUCGAGAAGGCCGCCGCCCAGCGCGCAGGCCGCCCUCCCCCAGAAGAGGACGAGGACGACGACCAGGUGUAUGUCCCCGAACGCCCCCUGGAGAAGGGCUUUAACAUGCGCGACCCGCGGCUGGACGGCAUGAAGUGGGUGGAGCAGCCGUGCGCCGAUGAGAUCCGACGGUUCCUGGAGGUGCUGUCCGUGUGCCACACUGUUGUGGUGGACACGGCUCCCAUUGAGCGCGCUGCUAGCAGUAACAUCUUUGCCAUGGGUAGUGCUGCUGGCGUGGGGAGUGGGGGUGUGUUGGGGAGUGGCGCAGGGGGGAUGAAGAGCAGCAGCAGCAGCAGCAGCGUGAGCGUGGCGAGUGCGGGUUCCAGUGUGAGAGGCGGGGCGGCCAGUGCAAGCGCAGGCGGAGGGGGCACGCUGCUGCUGCCAGGGGAAGGGGGAGGCGGGGGAGAGACACCACUGAUGCCGGGGGGGGAGGAGGCGGUGGAUGGCGAGGCGGUGAGGUUCCUGGCGGAGUCGCCUGACGAGGCGGCGUUUGUGGUGGCGGCCAAGCGCCUGGGGUUCCUGUUCCUGGGGCGCCAGGGCAACGAGCUCAAAGUGCGCGAGUACGGGGCACGGUGGAGUGUGGUGCAGGACCGCUCCUAUGAGCUGCUCAACACUCUCGAGUUCACCAGUCACCGCAAGCGCAUGUCAGUGGUGGUGCGCACGCCAGAGGGGCGCCUGCUGCUGCUCUGCAAGGGCGCCGACAGCGUCAUCAUGGACCGCCUCUCCGCCUCCGAGCACGCACAGAAGUACCGGCCAAUCACGGAGCGCCACAUGACCAUGUACGCGGAGGCGGGGCUGAGAACGCUGGCGAUCGCGUGGAGGGAGGUGGGCGAGGAGGAGUAUGCGGCGUGGCAGCAGCGGUGGGUGGAGGCGAAGGGGUACGUGGCAGAUGCGGGUGUGCAGGCGGAGCGGCUGGAGGCGCUGGCUGACGAGCUGGAGAGUGGACUCGUGCUUGUGGGGGCUACUGCCAUUGAGGACAAGCUGCAGGUGGGAGUACCGCAGGCAAUAGAGACGUUGGCGCAGGCGGGGAUAAAGCUGUGGGUGCUGACGGGGGACAAGCUGGAGACGGCCAUCAACAUCGGGUUCGCGUGCAGCCUGCUGCGCCACCACAUGCAGCAGCACCUCGUCUUCCUCGAGGACAACGACGCCGCCGCCAAGGAGGCUGCCAGAAGGGGCGUACCACUCAAGGAGUUUGCAGCGGAGUUGGUGCGGUCGCAGAUCCUGGCAGCCAGUGAGUCCGUGCAUGGCGCACAGUGGGCACGCGCACAGCAGGCAGGCAGCACAACGGCCACUGGGACAACCAGCAACCGUGCCGAUAACCCUGCGCAGGAGCACAGCGGGGACGGGGGCGGAAGCGAGGGAGGACGUGGGAGUGAGAGUGGGAGUGAGGGCGGGGCGGCACAGGAGCAUGCGGUGGUGAUAGACGGCAAGGCACUGGUGCUGGUGCUGGCGGACGAUGCUCUGCGUGCUGCCUUCCUUGAGCUGGCUCUGCAGUGCGCGUCCGUCAUCUGCUGCCGCGUGUCGCCCAAGCAGAAGGCGCAGGUGACGGCCAUGGUGCGGCGCGAGGGCAAGCAGAUCUGCCUCGCCAUUGGAGAUGGGGCUAACGACGUGGGCAUGAUUCAAAAGGCGAAUAUUGGUGUGGGCAUCCGCGGCGAGGAGGGACAGCAGGUGGGGGGAAUGGUUUGUUGGCUGACUGUGGACAGUGGGCAGUAA